GGAGGCGGGGCGGGCGCGAGCGCGCGGGCUGGGCCGGGGCGGCCUGGUCGCCAGCCUAGCCCGGCGCAGUGAGCGGAGCGCCUGGGCGGCGGUGGCGGCGGCGGCGCGAUGGCUCCUGCCGCGGACCGGGAGGGCUACUGGGGCCCCACGACCUCCACGCUGGACUGGUGUGAGGAGAACUACUCUGUGACCCGGUACAUCGCCGAGUUCUGGAAUACAGUGAGUAACCUGAUCAUGAUUAUACCUCCAAUGUUUGGUGCAAUUCAGAGUGUUAGAGACGGUCUGGAAAAACGGUACAUUGCUUCUUAUUUAGCACUCACAGUGGUAGGAAUGGGAUCCUGGUGCUUCCACAUGACUCUGAAAUAUGAAAUGCAGCUAUUGGAUGAACUCCCAAUGAUAUACAGCUGUUGCAUAUUUGUUUACUGCAUGUUUGAAUGUUUCAAGAUCAAGAACUCAGUAAACUACCAUCUGCUUUUUACCUUAGUUCUAUUCAGUUUAAUAGUAACCACAGUUUACCUUAAGGUAAAAGAGCCGAUAUUCCAUCAGGUCAUGUAUGGAAUGUUGGUCUUUACAUUAGUACUUCGAUCUAUUUAUAUCGUUACAUGGGUUUAUCCAUGGCUUAGAGGACUGGGUUACACAUCCUUGGGUAUAUUUUUAUUGGGAUUUUUGUUUUGGAAUAUAGAUAACAUAUUUUGUGAUUCACUGAGGGACUUUCGAAAGAAGGUACCACCUAUCAUAGGUAUUACCACACAAUUUCAUGCAUGGUGGCAUAUUUUAACUGGCCUUGGUUCCUAUCUUCACAUCCUUUUCAGUUUGUAUACAAGAACACUUUACCUGAGAUAUAGGCCAAAAGUGAAGUUUCUUUUUGGAAUCUGGCCAGUGAUCCUGUUUGAGCCUCUCAGGAAGCAUUGAUGAAUCAUUCCACCAAGAAAACAAACAAGCACCUACCACAGACCUGGCAGAAUAAAUAAGGAAAUCCUUAAAGAUCUACAAGUUCAAAUAUGUCACGACCAUCACAGCAGAGGAGUGACUUUCUGACUAAUGCCGCCAGCCGCAAAGAGAAUGAGGAAUGGGGCCUGCUGAGUGUUUCGUUCAUGGCUUCCUCUCAUUUGUCACCCUCCCCCUUUCACCCUCCAGUUUAUAAAGAAACAGAGAUGAUGAUGUGUGUACAACCUCAAAUGCAGAAACAACUGGGCUUUUCUUAACAGGUUAACAGUUUGUGAUGGUUAUAAGAAAUUAACCUUUUUUUCUUUUUGCCAAGGGUUGCAUGUGAAUUAUACCUUUCUUAAUAUAUGAUUAAAUAAUGCAAACAGUCAGCUAAGGGCCAACAAAACCCCAUAUCGAGCAUAUCCAGAUAGUUAGCUGUGAGCCAGCACUCAGCUGUAUCAGAUUUGAUUAAUGUUUUUGUAUUAAUCUCAUGGAUGUUUCACAAAGGUUAAAGAAAAAAAAAGAGGAAGAAGAAAGAGCUAGCUGUGGGAUUCUGUGUAGUUCUUCACUAUCUGUUCUGGGGCUAGUUGGAGUGUCAUAAGCAAGCUCAGACCUGCCCCUGGUUCAGUACUUAACCACAUCCCAGGAUUUAUGGUGUCUGCCUAUGGCCACAGCCAACCAGAAUGAGUAGGUCAGCUUAUCCCUUUCUGAAGCUCCAUGAGGACAUGUAUAGAAUGCUGCAACUUCAGCCAGCUCUGUUCCUCUGAUCUUUGCAGAUCUUUAAGUUGUCACCAUUUUUAUGACUAGACAAAUACAACUGGUGGUCUAGACUGCUCAUAGUUCAUCCUCCUCACAUAACUUAUUUGAAGUUGUCAGGGAAUGUCAUUACUUUCUGACUUUUUAAAUUAUGCAGUAUUUUCCAGUUCUCAGAGAGGUCAUGGUUGUGCCCAGGGAAGUGUGUUGCAUUAACUAAAGCUAAAAUGAUGAGGAUCCUAUUUACAUAAAACAUAUUAAAAUAUCUGCUUCUUAAUUUUCUGAAGGAAAUAGAUAUAAGUUUCUGUACAGAAUCCACAAAAAUUAGGGUGCUAAGAAAUGACAGUAAAAUCUCAUCGUAAGGCAGCUAGUUCUAAUUUGCAUUUGAAUGUAUAACAAAUUUCAUCACUUUUCACAAACAUAACACCUGCCUGGAGUAAAAAUCUGAUUUUACCCCUCUGCUUAUGCAUCAUCAUAUUUGUAGCUCUGCAUCAUUUAGCAUUUUUAUUACUUUUUUUGCUUUUUGUAAAUUAUUGUAAAAUCCAGAUUGUUUUUACCACAUGGUGACAUGACUCAAGAUUAAAUCCUGAGCUACAGUUUCAAAAGGAAAAUCAUUUUUUCAUAUGUAAAGAUGGUAAAACACUUUUGUCAUUUGUUCCAGGAUUAAGUAGCCUUCAUACAAAUUUAAAACCAAAAACU